UGGUGAACUGUGAAAAUCCUUAGUGCUCUCAGUGGCCUGAACAAAGAACAUUUUCAAAUUCCUCUGAGUUUUGCAAAGAGGUAGGUUAGGUCAGUGAUUGCUGGAUGUUGUUUCACGCACUUAUUUUGAAUUAACAUGCCAUUCCAAAUCAAAAACAAUUAUACAGAAAGGAGUACUAUUGAUACAAUUGACCAAAUUAUUUUCCUGGUCUUGGAAUGAGGCACAGAUUUUGUACCAUUAGGUAGGAUUUAGCCUGAAUUUUAGUCAUCCAAAAGUGGUUUAACUAGCCUGAAUCAUCCUUCCUUUUUCUAGAGUCAAUGGAGAGAAGAUGUAAUCUUGAGUAAACACUAUAUUCUGCUUUACUUGAUAGAAUGAGAUGCCUGUUGAUGUGCUCAGCACGAGGGAGCCCGGAGAGCUGGCUCAAAUGGGAGUGUUCUCAGUAUCUGGAGCCACGUGGGCUGGAGCCCACCAAAAGAAAUCACAGCCUAAAUGUGAAAACCAGGCCUAAGUUGCAAACCCACCAGAGAAAUGUCAUGAAAUUGUGGACAACUCUGCAGCAUCAUUACCAAAAAUCUUCCUGUAAGAUUUAGUAAAACUGUAGGAUUAAAAAAAUAUCCGAAAGAGCGAAGGGGAUCGUUUGAUAUGUGCAAAGAGGAGAGUGGUUCUGGCACACUGUAACAGAGACGGAAUUUUUGAAUCCACCCCUUCUGCUACCUCCACCCCCAAAAUCUGAAAACUUCCUGAUUCCAUCAAUAAUUAAGAGCCCAUCAGCAAUACUCAGAGGGAGCUUGCAUUGCACUUCUGAGCAGCCAGUCAGUAAUGUACAGUGGAGAGCUCCUCUUUUUCAAAUCCCCAGGCUCCAGGCCGUGCCGUGCUAGUAUUGCAUUUUCAAUUAGCUCCUGAGUGAGUGCUUGGCAUAUGUGGAAGUGAGCCGGUGCACAAUUAGCUUAUUGUUCCUUUCAGCUUUCUGCUGAGAGGAUCUGAAGGGCUGCUGAAGAGAGGGGAGAGGGAAAAAAAAAAAAAAAAAGAAGAAAAUAGGCAAGGCAGUGGCAUCUCUGUGGAUGUGGAGUACGGGAGUCGCUGGGCUGGCGCAGAUUCCCGGGCUAAGUCGGGAGCUACAGCUGUUCCUGCGGAGCUCCAGCCCGGCCCGGGGACGGAGCCAGCCCAGCUCCAGGCUCUGCCCUCGCCUGCCUCAGCUCAGCAUCGCCAUGGAGCCCAACAGCCCCAAAAAAAUACAGUUUGCUGUGCCCCUGUUCCAGAGCCAGAUAGACCCUGAGGCAGCUGAGCAGAUCAGGAAAAGAAGGCCCACGCCAGCAUCCCUCGUCAUCAUGAAUGAACACAUGCCCCCAGAAAAAGAUGAGAAGAGAACAAACAUCUCACAGGCAGAGUCCCAGAGUGCCUCUCCCAAGCAGAGGAAGCAGAGUGUCUUCACCCCUCCUGCCCUCAAAGGGAUCAAGCACCUGAAGAGUCAGAGCGAGUCAGUGUUUCCAGAAGAAGAAGAGGGGCUGGGUGAGCGGGAGGAGGAGUGGGGCCAUUAGCCAGCUGGAGCCGCCCGAGCCCUGCCCUGCCCCGCAGGCACUGCACACGUGUCCUGCCACCCUUCCUGGAGACAAAACUGUUCUUUUAAAGUCGAUUUUUCUUUUGUUUUCUAUGACUUAGAAAUGUAAUUUGCAAACGUGUUCGCUCCCUGAGGUCGGUACUGCCAGAGCUUAACUACUGCGUGUGAGCUGUAUCUAAGGCUUGUUGUAAAUAAAAGUGAUUUAAAAGGUGCAAAAUAAAUAAUACAUUAAUUUAGACAA